CACAUUGUUUGCUACAAAAACAAGGUGUUUACAUGUGUUUUAUCUACAUUGUUGUCAUGAUAAUGCGGUAACAACGAGAAAUUACGAUUUUUCAAACCCUCGAGAAUGUAAAUAUGUAAUUAAUUUCACUGAACUGUCAUGCACGCAUUAAAAUAAAGUUCUAUGAAGUGUCCCCGCUAAAUAAUCGAGUGAUUAUAUUUUUUUGAAGAGUCAUUGAGGAGAAUUAUGGAGGAGAGACUUGUGACAGAAGUGCCCAGCAGUCUUAAACAACUGGCAAGACUUGUUGUCAGGGGUUUUUAUUCGAUCGAGGAUGCCCUAAUCGUCGAUAUGCUAGUUAGAAAUCCAUGUAUGAAAGAGGACGAUAUCUGUGAAUUACUCAAGUUCGAGAGGAAGAUGUUGCGUGCAAGGAUAGCAACUCUGAGAAAUGAUAAAUUUAUUCAGGUCCGGUUGAAAAUGGAGACUGGAUCUGAUGGAAAAGCGCAGAAAGUCAAUUACUACUUUAUUAAUUACAAGACUUUUGUAAAUGUUGUAAAAUAUAAACUGGAUCUCAUGAGGAAGAGACUGGAGACAGAGGAGCGCGAUGCUACGAGCCGAGCUAGCUUCAAGUGUACAAAUUGCUCCAAGACUUUUACGGAUUUAGAAGCAGAUCAGUUAUUUGACCCGAACACUGGAGAAUUCCGAUGCACCUUCUGUUAUGAAGUGGUGGAGGAGGACCAGUCAGCACUGCCCAAGAAAGAUUCACGUUUAUUACUCGCUAAAUUCAACGAGCAAUUGGAGCCCCUCUACAUUCUCCUGCGAGAGGUUGAGGGCAUCAAACUGGCUCCAGAGAUCCUUGAGCCUGAGCCUGUUGACAUCAACCUGAUCAGAGGAAUCGAUACCAGGAGGCCAGGUGUCAGGCCACCAGGAGAGCAGUGGUCAGGAGAGGCAACUCGAGGCUCAGGAUUCGCUGUGGAGGACACUCGAGUGGAUGUAACAAUCGGUGACGAGACCACAGUCGAUUCAGCGAACAAACGAAAGGAGAGGCCCAUCUGGAUGAUGGAGAGUACAGUUAUCAAUGAUAACUCGGAGCUCGACAAUGGCUCUAAUCAGGACAGUAUCCUGGAUAAGGCAGCAGCCACUGCUACCAACACCAGUGCGAAUCACAAGCAAGGGGAGGAUAUCAUGUCUGUGUUGUUAGCUCACGAGAAGAAAGGAGGAGUCACCAAUGCAGUCAAUGCUGUCAAGGCUGUCCUCCCCCAGGACUCCAGUGACUCCAGUGAUAAUGAGGAGCAUGUGGAAAUGCAAGCUGUUGAUGCAGGUGAUGUUGAAAUAAUGGAGUCAGAUGAUGAUGAUGCAAUUCCAACGGUGACAGUUGGAGGAAAAACUGUACCAAUAACUGAUGUCAAUGAGGCACUCACCGAUGCUAUGACACCUGCCGAAAAAGAGGCGUAUAUCCAAACCUAUCAGGAAUACUAUUCCCACAUGUUUGAUUAGUCGAAUUAAUUUCUGAAAUUGUCUUUCAUUAUCUCAAUUACUAUAUUUUUCAUCAUCGACCGACUGAUGUAUCUCUUUUUCUAUGUAAAAUAAAAGAAAUUCGUGGUUUACGCCGACGAUUGGAUUACAGUAUUUUGAUUAAAAGGAACUUGUUUAAUGCAUGAGGAUAAUUUUUUUUUUUUAAUUGGUCUUUUAUAUUUUUUUCCUUUCUAACAGAUAACAUUUAAUUCAACAAUACAAGGCAUCAACGUAGUAUUCCUUUUUCAUAAAUAAAUUGAAUAAAUAUCCAUUAAAUAUGAAAUGAAUUAAAUUAAGAAAGAAUAAUAGUCACUUCUGGAAAAACGGGAGAAGUUAUUUUUUCAACUUAAAAGGGGUACAAUACUUAAGCUCACUUCAGUUUAUUUUUUUGUUUUCAUCGUCUCAUUACCCAUGGGAAUUUCCAUUCGACCACCACCAUCGAAUGAAAAUUCAGAGACGAUG